AUGUUGGUCCUAGUCAGCCUCGUCUUGUGUCUCACGGGCUUCUGUCUUCUCCAAUGGGCUCUGAAGGAGAGGAAGAUUGUGAAAGGGCUCCCGCCGGGGCCGAGGCCAAAGCCCAUAAUCGGUAACCUGUUGGACCUGCCACCACCGGGCGCUCUCGACUGGCUGCACUGGCUCAAGCAUAAGGAACUGUAUGGGCCAAUUAGCUCAGUAACGAUUUUUGGUCAAACAAUUAUCAUCAUAAAUGGACAUCGAGUCGCAAAUGAACUCAUGGAGAAACGCUCGGGAGUGCACUCCUCCAGGCCACAUGUUCCCAUUGCAGAACUAGCAGGCUGGCAGUAUACAUUGGGCUUUAUCCCUUACGAUAGCCGGCUGCGCGCGUAUCGGAGAGCGUUACAUCAAGAGAUGGGCAAUGCUACUUCGAUUUCGAAAUACCAUAAUAUUCUGGAUAUGGAAACACAUCGUCUAUUAUUCCGUAUACUGAAAACCCCAGAUUGUCUUAUGCAGCACCUCAGAAAGGAAGCUGGCUCUAUCAUCUUAAGAAUUACAUACGGCUAUAUCACGGAGCCGGAGGCAUAUGAUCCUUUGAUUGACUUGGUUGACAAAGCCAUGGAGGACUUUGCACAAGUUAUUCUUCCUGGAGGUUGGCUAGUUAAUUUUAUUCCAAUGCUGAAAUAUCUACCCAGCUGGUUUCCUGGUUGUGAUUGGCAAAGAAGGGCUAAAGCGUUCAAGCAAAGGGCAAAGGCGAUGACAGAUAUCCCGUACGCCUUUGUGAAGCAACAACAUGAGCAGCAGAAGCAUAUACCAUCAUAUGUGUCAAGGCUUCUCGAGCAGAACAAUAUAAAAUUGGGCUCGGAGGAGGAGUUGGUGGUAAAAUGGUCUGCCCAGUCUAUCUACGGCGGAGGAGCUGAAACAUCCGUCUCUGUAUUUGCAUGCUUUUUCCAGGUUAUGGCAUUACACCUGAAUGUACAGAAGAAGGCACAGGAGGAAAUCGACCGUGUUGUAGGAGCCAGUCGUCUACCAGAUUUAUCCGACUGUAAAAAUCUUCCAUAUAUCAAUGCGGUGGUAAAGGAGGUUCUCCGAUGGCACCCAGUUGCGCCUAUGGGGGUUGCUCAUGCAUCAAGUAAGGAAGAUAUAUACCACCGCUAUGUUAUUCCUAAGGGUGCGAUCUUGGUCCCUAAUAUCUGGGCCAUGGCUCAUGAUCCAGAUUUUUAUCAUAAUGCAAUGGAUUUUGAACCAGAGCGCUUCUUAAAGUCCGGUAGAAAUGAACAAAAUCCGGAAUAUGACCCGCACCAGUUUAUCUUCGGGUUUGGGCGUCGAACCUGCCCAGGACAGCACCUGGUUUCUGCUAAUCUAUCCCUUGGUGUUGCGCGAGUGUUGGCUGUUUUUAAUAUUACCAAUGCAGUUCGGGAUGGAAAGAAAGUUCCUAUUUCUCCCGAGUUUUCCCCUGGGGUUAUUAGUCGUCCGGCUCCAUUUGAACUGAGUAUUCAGGUCCGUAACGCGGAGUGUAAGAGGCUCAUUGAAGCAGUGGGGAUGAAGUUUCCUUGGGAAGAGAGCCAUGCGGAGGCACUCGCACAAUUGAGGAUCUGA